CCACAGCCACAUGGCAGACGCCAGAAGCAACCGCAGCCACCACAUCGUCUUCGUUCACGGCGUCUCCCACGGCGCCUGGUGUUGGUACAAGCUCAUCUCCCUUCUCGGCUCCGCCGGGCACCGAGUCACCGCGCUUGAUCUCGCCGCUUCCGGCAUCGACGAGCGCCGCUUCUCCGACCUCAGGAACUUCGCCGACUACAACCAGCCCCUGAUCGACCUCCUGGCCGCGCUGCCCCAGGGCGAGCGCAUCGUCCUCGUCAGCCAUACCCUCGGGGGUCUCAACAUCGCCUUCGCCAUGGACAGGUUCCCACACAAGGUCGCCGUCGGCGUCUUCGUCACUGCCUUCUUGCCCGACACCGUUCAUCCUCCCUCGUAAAGAACCCCCCUCGGAUGGAAGCUGAACGGAAGUAAUGGAGGUGCUGUGAGGCGCUGUGAAAUUGGAUGAACUGCCGCUCCUUCUUGCUCUGCCGCCUGAACCCCAGUUGGAAGAAGCUAUCGGAAGGGAGUCGGAAGUGGAGGUCACACCGGAGAAACCCUCUCCGGCGAGGUGAAGACUGCUGUCGCUCGCCGCCGAAAUCUAAGAAGGAGAAGAACUGUGGAAGAGCCGGCAGUGGAAAUCAAUGGCCGGCAGAUGGAGGAAGUGAGGGGAAGCUCCGACAGGCGGCUGUGAAGAGGUGGAGGAGAAGUCCGGCUGGAGGCGAUGAAUGAUGAGAAGUGGCCGCCGGCCGUUGGUGAAGGAGGAAGAGACAAAGGGCGGUGGCGUCGCGAGCCCUAGCUCGAGGAGAAGUCGCGAACAGAGAAGACCCCGUGGGUAUUGUGCCGUGCGAAGAAUAGAGGGUUUUUCUCCUCGGCCGUCCGAUUUGAUGAAGAUGGAUCCUGACCAUUUGAUUAAAGUGAUGAAAGGAAUGUACAUCUGAGCUGUUCAUUUUGAGAUUAAAU